CUUCCUCGCGCCCGCGCCGCGCAGCUCGCCGCCGCAGCCCCCGGACCGGGAGGAUUAUGAGCGAGCCAUGAGGCGGCUGCGGCGCUGGGCGUUCGCGGCGCUGCUGCUGCUGCUGCCGCUGCUCCCCCCGCCCGGUGUGGGGACCCGGGGUCCCGCCGGAGCUCUGCGCUGGAGGGUCUCUCCCCCGUUGGGGGGCCCAGAAGCCCCGGAGGUCACAGAGCCCAGCCGUCUGGUGGGGGAGAGCUCCGGGGGAGAGGUCCGAAAGCAGCAGUUGGACACCAGGGUCCGCCAGGAGCCUCCUGGUGGCGCGCCUGUCCACCUGGCCCAGGUGAGUUUCGUCAUCCCAGCCUUCAACUCAAACUUCACUCUGGACCUGGAGCUGAACCAUCACCUUCUCUCUUCGCAAUAUGUGGAGCGCCACUUCAGCCGGGAGGGGCCAACCCAGCACAGCACCGGGGCUGGAGACCACUGCUACUACCAGGGGAGGCUCCGAGGCAACCCGCACUCCUUUGCUGCCCUCUCCACCUGCCAGGGGCUGCAUGGGGUCUUCUCUGACGGGAACUUCACCUACAUCGUGGAGCCCCACGAGGUGGCCAGGCCUCGGGAAACCCUCCAGGGACCCCUUCCCCACCUCAUUUACCGGACCCCUCUUCUCCCAGCCCCCCUCAGAUGCAGGGAACCAGGCUGCCUGUUUGCUGCCCCUGCCCAUUCUGCUUCUCCGAACCGACCAAGGCUGAGAAGGAAAAGGCAGGUCCGCCGGGGCCACCCUACAGUGCACAGUGAGACCAAGUAUGUGGAGCUGAUUGUGAUCAACGACCACCAGCUGUUUGAGCAGAUGCGACAGUCGGUGGUCCUCACCAGCAACUUUGCCAAGUCCGUGGUGAACCUGGCAGAUGUGAUGUACAAGGAACAGCUCAAUACCCGCAUCGUGCUGGUUGCCAUGGAAACGUGGGCAGAUGGGGACAAGAUCCAGGUGCAGGAUGACCUCCUGGAGACCCUGGCCCGUCUCAUGGUCUACCGGCGGGAGGGCCUGCCUGAGCCCAGUGAUGCCACCCACCUCUUCUCGGGCAGAACUUUCCAGAGCACCAGCAGUGGCGCUGCCUACGUGGGGGGCAUCUGCUCGCUGUCCAGGGGUGGGGGUGUGAACGAGUAUGACAACAUGGGGGCCAUGGCGGUGACCUUGGCCCAGACGCUGGGGCAGAACCUGGGCAUGAUGUGGAAUAAACACCGGAGCUCGGCAGGGGACUGCAAAUGUCCGGACAACUGGCUGGGUUGCAUCAUGGAGGACACUGGGUUCUACCUACCCCGCAAGUUCUCGCGCUGUAGCAUCGACGAGUAUAACCAGUUUCUGCAGGAGGGCGGCGGGAGCUGCCUCUUCAACAAGCCCCUCAAGCUCCUGGACCCGCCUGAGUGCGGGAACGGCUUCGUGGAGGCGGGGGAGGAGUGCGACUGCGGCUCGGUGCAGGAGUGCAGCCGCGCGGGCGGGAACUGUUGCAAGAAAUGCACCCUGACUCACGACGCCAUGUGCAGCGACGGGCUCUGCUGUCGCCGCUGCAAGUACGAGCCGCGGGGUGUGUCCUGUCGAGAGGCCGUGAACGAAUGCGACGUCGCGGAGACCUGCACCGGGGACUCGAGCCAGUGUCCCCCCAACCUGCACAAGCUGGAUGGUUACUACUGUGAUCACGAACAGGGCCGCUGCUACGGAGGUCGCUGCAAAACCCGGGACCGGCAGUGCCAGGCCCUUUGGGGCCAUGCGGCUGCUGAUCGCUUCUGUUACGAGAAGCUGAACGUGGAGGGGACAGAACGUGGGAACUGUGGGCGCAAGGGGUCAGGCUGGGUCCAGUGCAAUAAACAGGAUGUGCUCUGUGGCUUCCUCCUCUGUGUCAACAUUUCUGGAGCUCCUCGGCUGGGGGACUUAGGGGGAGACAUCAGCAGCGUCACUUUCUACCACCAGGGCAAGGAGCUGGACUGCAGGGGUGGCCAUGUGCAGCUGGCCGAUGGUUUAGACCUGAGCUACGUAGAGGACGGCACAGCCUGCGGGCCCAACAUGCUGUGCCUGGACCAUCGCUGCCUGCCAGCCUCUGCCUUCAACUUCAGCACCUGCCCUGGCAGCGGGGAGCACCGGAUCUGCUCCCACCAAGGGGUCUGCAGCAAUGAAGGGAAAUGCAUCUGUCAGCCAGACUGGACGGGCAAGGACUGCAGUAUCCACAACCCCCUGCCCACGUCUCUGCCCACAGGGGAGACGGAGAGAUAUAAGGGUCCCAGCGGCACCAACAUCAUCAUCGGCUCCAUCGCUGGGGCUGUCCUGGUUGCAGCCAUCGUCCUGGGCGGCACGGGCUGGGGAUUUAAAAACAUCCGCCGAGGAAGGUAUGACCCAACCCAGCAGGGGGCAGUGUGACGCCGGCCACGUCAUCCCUCCCGCUGUCCCUGUCUCCUCCAUCUCAUUCGUCACCUCGCAUUCUGUGGCUGGGGAGCUGGGGCUGGUUCCUCCACCCUUGCUGUCACUGCCAUCACUAUAGGGGUGGGAGAACCCCACUCACCCCAGGAAGAGUCCUCAACUUGCCCCUUGCCCCCUCCUCCAGUCCACCCACCCCCUCAGGCCUUGGUCAUUUAACUCCUGCCCUUCCUACGGCCAGACCACCUCUGGCCCCGUGGACCCUGGAGCUGUGCCCCUGCCCACACAGGCCCCAACCCCUGGGAAGGGAGCCUACCUCUGCGUCCCAUCUGUUUUGUCUUUCAUGUCACCGCUGUCUGACCUCCCGCCAGAUCCCCUCCCUGGCCAGCCUGUGACUUGCCGCCUCCAGGGCCCAGCACUGACCUCCCGGGGCCCGGCUCGAGGGCUCUCCUUCUGGGCCCUGCCUUAUAUCCUCCCCUGAUGCCCCUCUCCAUUCCAGGUCUGGAGGGGCCUAAGUGCCCUCCCCCUCCCUCCGAGCCUGGCGUCCACCAUCUCGGCCCUGAACCAGGAGGCUGCCCCCGCCCAGCCACGGAGGGAGGCAUCGUGCAAAUGUCUUCCGGGCUCAGCCCUUCAACUCCUGGCCCUACAGGGGCUUGGGGCCGGGUUGUGGCCCUGCCCUCACACCACCAGGGUGGACCAGGCCUGGAGGGCAUUUCCCCCACGGUCCCCCACCCCACCUCAUGCAGCUUUGGCCUUGCACACCAACUCUCCCUGUGUGAAUGUACCUUCCAUCAUCACAGAUUGCCACAGCUCAAGUUGGGCGGGGGGAGGGCUAGAGGGGUGCCCCAGUGGGGCAGGCAGCCACCAGUGGGCGUGGCCUGGGAUGGCCCCUCCUCAAAACCAGGCAGCUGGGACCAGGCAGGGUUUAAGCUCUCUGGGACCUAGGGGGGGAGGGCUGACAUCUACAUUUUUUUUUUUUUUUUAACUGAAUCUCAACUGAUGAAUGUAACUUUGGGGGUGCUGGGGCCAGGGCAGUUGUGGGGAUGUUCUGACAUUUUCAGGAAGGACUGGAGGAGCUGAGGUCUGACCAUCCCCCCCAUCCCUCCCCCGGGAUGGUCACACCUGGAAUCUUCUCACUGAACACAGACGUCGUCCCCAAGCCAGGCAGGGGCCUGGCAUCCCUGCUUGCCCCCUCCGCCCAGCCCUGCUGAGCUUGGAGAGAAGUACGAGUGCUGAUUCAAACCAAAGCUGCCUGUUCCGUGCCCAAGGCCUAGGUUAUGGGUACGGCAACCACAUGUCCCAGAUUGUCUUCGAUUCCAAAACAACCGUCCUGCUGUCCCUGCCAGGACACAUGUAUUGGGAGGACGGUCCUAGAAAAUACAGUCCCUAAAAUAACAUGGCACCUUCCCCCUUUCAAGAAGGGUGAUUCUGACUCAGGGUUUAGGUGCCCCCUGGCGUGGCCUGGAGGUUCCAGGCUGGGCCAUCUUCCCAGGGAGCACUCUCCCAAGGCGGGAAGGCCAGGGGUGGCCCAGUGCCUGGAGGGUUAGGGGCUCUGCCUGUGAUGUGCAAGAGGAAGUAGGAAAAGGCAAGUCUCAUGUUUGAUCCUCAGCUUCUAGAAAAGUCCUCAAGUCCCCGUCAAACCCAUUCUGCUCCCUAACCCCACUCCAGGGCAGAGUAGUAAGUUUACAGUCGGUUUCCCCAUUAGUCCUGUGAUCCCCACUGCAGCUGAGCCCGAGACCGAGGCUGGCAGAAUUCCUCAGUCCCCCCACAAACACAGUCCUGCCCAGGGCCUUUCCUCAUGACCCUCGCUUGGGACAGAGGAGCUGCCUCCUUAACUGCUGAAAACCAGCCGGCAGGGGCAAGCUGGGGGGCAAGCUACCUUCUGGAUGAAAGCCACAAAUGAACGGAGCCCCUCUUCCCAGGGAUACCCCCACCCAGACCAGCAGGGGUUUCUGAACACCCCAGGGCCUUUGAGCUGCCUCCCCCUGGGGCAUCUUUGAGGAGGAAUCAUGGAAGAAAUGGCUCCCUGUUUAUUUGCACCACCCCUCAGGGCAAACUGGGGACUGAGGCCCACUGACACCCUUUAAGGUGGCCGGAUGCAGCUGCAGUGGGGUCCUUGAUACUGAGCUCCAGCUGGCACUGCCCAAAUGAGGGGGGUGGAUGGGGUACCCCUCUGGCCAGUACUGCCCCACCAGCUAUACAAACUGAGGCAGGGGCAGGAGGCUAAGGGCCGGGUUUUGCACUAUUGCUGCGGUACCUUAAGGCAUCCUCUGGUGGUACACACGUGCACACAGGUGGCGAUGCAUCUGGCACAAGCAUUUGGAUCCACAUCUCCGCACAAGUCUGAAUACCUCUGCACACACAGGCGUGUCUGUGUGUGCGUGCACAUGGGGGUGGGGGUGGGCAUGUGGAGAACACAAGACUUCCUGUGACCAGUCCACCUGGCUCCCAGCUGUCCGCACCCUCCUGCCCCACCCUGGCAGUGCCCACCCUGGCAGCGCCCAGGGAGGAGGGGAGGCUGCACUGACCUGGGCCUGGAACUGGCUCCAUACAGCAUCCUGUAAAUAUGUCAUCUGGGGCUCGGGGUGGGGAGGCGGGGACAGGAACAUCAAUUAAAGAUCAUGUCCGGGGGCUUCCAUGGAGCUCA